GGUAUAAAGACUCUGUGAAAGUGGGAACAUUUGUGAAGUCUGACAUUUGAAGGCAAGGAUCUGAAGCCAACUGAAAGGCAACGAUGGCCUCUAUGACUGUGCUCCUGGGCAUCUUGUUGGGUGUCCUCAUCCCUGUGGAUAUGCUCCCAGUUCAGAAUUCAACUGGUGUACAUGAGGGCAAGCUGAGGCUGAAGAGGAAAUACUCUGGUGAGAUCUAUGAAGAAGAUGAAAUCACAGACCGAGACCAAAUGACAGCGAUGGAUCAGAUCCUUGAAGUCAACAGCAGGCUGCGAGCGCCUAGAGGACUGUCAUUCAGAGAAGGAGAUAUUGCCUAUUCAUACGUGCGCAGUGCUAUAAACUGCCCUGGGAGUGCCUGUCUGUGGCCUAAAUCAAUUGAUGGAUUUGUUUACGUCCCAUACAUCGUCUCUCCUCUAUAUGAUGACAUGGAUAGAAUCACAAUUGAAACAGGAAUGCAAGAGAUUUCCUCUGGAACCUGCAUCAAAUUUGUUCCUCGCACUCAUGAGGCCAGCUUCCUUGACAUCCAGCCAAGAUACGGCUGCUGGUCGUUCCUGGGGCAGACUGGAGGAAGCCAAACCCUGUCACUGCAGACCCCUGGAUGCAUGUGGUCGGGGAUUGCUGCUCACGAGUUCAUGCAUGCCCUUGGCUUCGUGCACGAGCAGUCCCGCUCGGACCGAGACCACUAUGUCACCAUCGUGUGGAAGAACAUCAUGCCAGCCCAAAUGCAUAACUUCAGGAAACAGGAGACAAACAAUCUGAACAGCCCAUAUGACUACAGUUCGGUCAUGCAUUACGGACGAUACGCCUUCUCUGAAGACGGCGGACCAACGAUCAUUCCCAAACCAGACCCCUACAUUCCUAUUGGCCAGAGAGACGGACCUAGUGCGCUUGAUCUCCAUAAAAUAAAUGUCCUCUAUAACUGUGGUGUUAAUGAGUAAUGACUGCAGACAUCUGUGAGGUCCUGCCCCAUGUGUGAAUCACUUUAUAUAUUCUUAAGUAAAAAUACAGACGAUGCACCUGAAGAUAGUUAAUUUUGCAAUAGAUGUGCUUUUAUUAUUUAUAACGCAGCAUAUGUUAAAUUGUAUUCAUUCACCUUUUUGUGCAAUGCUUUUUACUCACUAAAUGAUAAUCUAUGUUUAUCUCUCAUAUGUAUAAUCGCUAUUAAUAACCCUGUCCAGUGCCAAAGCUCUUUAGAUAAUUAUUUAAUAUCUCUGAAAAAUAAUUCUGUACAACUGUAAUUUCUUCUCAAAUAAAA